AUGGACAAAGGCAUUGAAUUCGACGUCCUCGACGCCCAUGGUACCGAGUACCAUCGCUGGGUCUCGGACAUAGAGCAGACUUUCAUCGUUAAGGAUCUGACCGAGACCAUAUUCCCCGAUCCAGCUCAGGAACCGCCUCAUAAGAGAACCAAAUCUCAGGCGCUCAUGUUCCUUCGUAAGCAUAUCGAUCCCACACUGCGCAGGCAGUAUCAAUCCAAGCACGAUCCAAAAGAUCUGUGGGAUGCCCUUGCCAAACGCUUCGGCAACAUUCACUCGACCUUGCUCCUAGAACUAAUUGCUCGCUGGGAUGAAAUCCGACUUUUGGAUUACAAGAAGGUUGAUGACUUUAACAGGGAUAUGCUUUGCCUACAAGCUCAACUGAGCUCAUGUGGAGUCGAGAAAAGUGAUGCCGACAUGAUCGAAAAGACUUUCUCGACCUUCCCUUCAGCUGCUAAGAUCCUCAUGAACCAAUAUCGGCUUGAGUUCACAAAUAAGAGGAUUACUACAUUUAGCGGCUUAAUGACCAAGCGGAGUCAGAAAGCUUUGAAACGCAAGGAUCAACAUCGGAAUGAACCUUAUGCACGUGGGACUCAGCACCACCGUGCCUCUGGUUCUCGGGGACAAGGUAGUGGCUUUAGUGGCCGAACCAACACUUGGCGUCGAGACACCGGUGCCGCCGGUGAUAGGUGUUCCGAAACAAAUAAGAAGAAAAGAAGGAAAAGAGGGAGUGGAAGGCAAAAUUCAGAAAUCUGCCUUUGCAGAUCAGCCUACUUCGACAGAGCACUGAGGGCAGCUAAGGAUGAAUCAGAUCAUGAGCCUCAUACCAUUAGAAAGCUACGGAUGUCAACUUUCCGUAGCAUUUUACGAUGUGGGUCCAAGGACCACUUGUAUAAAAGCUGUCGUGCUUCUGCAAAUGUUGUUGCCGCAUACAAGAAAUACAAGGAAUUGAUGGAAGUCAAUUCCACUGAAAACAAUGGAGUUGAACAUAAUGUUACCUUCAAGGUCGCAGACCUCAAUGGACAAUGUUCUGACUUAGAUGCCCCUGACUUUGACGUUAUCGACUAA